AUUCAAUACAUCAACAAAAAUGUUUGAAGACGUUUAAUUUCGUUUUUGUAUACCGGGAAGGUUUAUAUUAAUUAUUCUGAUAAAAGUUGAAUAAAAAGUGUCAUCUGCAUAACAAAGCAACGAUGGAGAAACCGCAGAAAAUGCCGAAAGUGGCAAAGGUUAAGAACAAAGCUCCGGCGGAGAUACAAAUCACAGCGGAACAACUUCUCCGGGAAGCAAAAGAACGAGACCUUGAAAUUCUGCCACCGCCUCCUAAGCAGAAGAUUUCUGAUCCUCACGAAUUAGCAGAUUAUCAGCAUCGUAAAAGAAAAGUGUUUGAAGAUAAUAUUAGGAAAAAUAGAAUUGUUAUAUCUAAUUGGCUGAAGUACGCAUCGUGGGAGGAAAGUCAAAACGAAAUUAGGAGGGCAAGAUCAAUUUACGAACGAGCACUAGACGUAGAUCACAGAAACGUAACAUUAUGGCUGAAGUACACCGAAAUGGAAAUGCGGCACCGGCAGGUGAAUUUUGCAAGAAAUUUAUGGGAUCGAGCUGUUACAAUUUUACCCAGAGUCAGCCAAUUCUGGUACAAAUAUACCUACAUGGAGGAAAUGUUGGAAAAUAUUGCUGGUGCCCGCCAAGUGUUCGAAAGGUGGAUGGAAUGGGAACCAGAUGAACAGGCUUGGCAGACUUACAUAAAUUUCGAGCUUCGUUACAAAGAAAUUCAGAGAGCGAGGGACAUCUACGAGCGAUUUGUUAUGGUUCAUCCGGAUGUCAAACACUGGAUUAAAUACGCGCGUUUUGAAGAAAAUCAUGGCUUUAUAAGUGGAGCUCGUCAGGUUUAUGAACGCGCGGUUACAUUUUUCGGAGAUGAAAGUUUAGAUGAAUACCUUGUGAUUGCUUUUGCCAGGUUUGAAGAAGGUCAACGAGAGCAUGAUAGAGUCAGGGUGAUUUACAAGUAUGCUUUGGAAAAUCUCUCGAAAGAUAGGACACAAGCAAUUUAUAAGGCGUAUACUAUUCAUGAGAAGAAAUAUGGAGAUCGCUCAGGGAUAGAGGAUGUGAUUGUCAGCAAAAGAAAGCAUCAAUACGAACAAGAAGUUAAGGAAAAUCCUUCUAAUUACGAUGCUUGGUUCGAUUAUUUGCGAUUAGUGGAAUCCGAAGGAAAUGUCGAAGUUGUGAGAGAAACUUAUGAAAGAGCAAUAGCCAACGUUCCACCCACAUCGGACAAGCAAUUCUGGAAGAGGUAUAUCUAUCUCUGGAUUAAUUAUGCCCUUUACGAGGAAUUGGAAUGCGAAGACAUAGAAAGAUGUCGAGAAGUGUACAACGUCUGUUUGAAUCUAAUUCCCCACAAGAAGUUUACGUUUUCUAAAAUCUGGUUAUAUUACGCGCAGUUUGAGAUUCGCCAAAAGAAUUUGACAGUAGCCAGAAAACAUUUGGGAAUGGCGCUGGGAAUAUGUCCCAGAAAUAAACUUUAUCGAGGUUACAUCGAUUUGGAAAUCCAGCUCAGAGAAUUUGACAGAUGCCGAAUUUUGUACCAGAAGUUCCUUGAGUUUGGUCCGGAAAAUUGCACAACAUGGAUGAAGUUUGCUGAACUCGAAACUCUCUUGGGAGACAUCGAUCGUGCUCGUGCUAUUUACGAAUUGGCUAUAGCUCAACCAGUUCUAGAAAUGCCCGACAUUUUAUGGAAAGCUUACAUAGAUUUUGAAAGAGCACAGGAUGAGCCCGAAAAAGCCCGGCAAUUGUUCGAGAGAUUGCUCGAACGAACUUUACAUGUGAAGGUGUGGGUAUCUUAUGCCAAAUUCGAAAUGAGUAAUCCGAUCAAGGAAGACGGAUUAAAUAACGUUAGCCUCGCAAGGAGAAUAUUUGAAAGAGGCAACAUUGCCCUGAGAGAUAAUGGAAAUAAAGAGAGCCGAGCACUACUUCUCGAAGCCUGGAGAGAUUUUGAGAAUUCGCACGGAGACGAGGGAAGUCGUGGAAAAAUAAUGGAGAAAAUGCCACGUAGAGUGAAGAGGCGCAGACGUGUUGUGGGAGACGACAAGUCCGACGAAGGUUGGGAGGAAGUUUUCGACUUUAUUUUCCCAGAGGACGAAUCUCAGAGGCCACAUUUGAAAGUGUUAGCAUCGGCGAAAGCUUGGAGACAAAAAGUUGCGCUCAUGCCGGAACAAAAUUUAGCCUCCGAAACAAGUCAGAAUGCAGAAUCCGAAACAAGUCAGAAUGCUGAAAAAAGUGAGAAUGCUGAAUCCGAAAAUCAUAAUUCAAAAUCCACAGAUGAUCAAAACACAGAAUCCGCCUCUGACCAAAAAUUAGAUUCUGAAAGUUGAUUUUUAGAAGGGAUAUUUUUUAUUUAAAAAAAAUCAGAAUGCAUGUGAAUAAGUUUCUAUUGACUCAGUAGAAAUACUUUCACUGGUAAAUUGUAUAAAGAGAGGGAGUAUAAAUAAAUCAAGUUUUUAUUUACCUUU